CCGCUUUGGCAGAGCGCCUGCGGGCUCUCCUUCCUGGCCAAGAUGGCGGCGCCCGCAGUGAGAUGCUGUUUUCAGAGAGUUUUUGCUCAGAGUCCUAGCCAUAUUUUCUCUAGAACUCUUCAGCAUUCUGCAGUGCUUCCUUGUUUUACUAACUUACUGGUUCCCAGUAGAAACUAUGCUGCAAAAUCAAAAAAGAAAUAUAAAAGAGUCUCCCAAGAAAAAACCCAGGCAUCAGAGGCUAAGAACAAAGAUGACCGUUAUAAAUUGCCUUUACCGCGUGAGCCGAAGGAUGAUGUUUAUUUGACCUGGUGUUAUCAAAGACCAGUUUAUGACACAGAAGUGGCUUUAGAGCUCUUGAAGAAAUUUCAGCCACUGGAUUUUACAUCCCCCACCCAAGAAUUGUAUGCUGACAUCACCUUGGACAUGGCAUUGGACAAGAAGAAAACUCUGGGGCCAUUUAUUAGUACUUUUUUGUUGCCUUACCGUUACACAGAUGUCAUCCCCAAGAUUUUAGUAUUUACUGAGGAUCCAGAAGAGGCAAUACUAGCAACAGAAAAUGGAGCUGCGAUAGUAGGAGGAGUCGAGUUAAUUAAGCCGAUUUUAAAUGAGGAAAUCGAGGCAGAUUUUUAUAUCACUGUGCCUGAGAUGUCAACCAAAAUUAAUCCUUUAAGGAAUUUUCUGAAACAAAAGUACCCUGCCACAAGAAAUGGUACCAUUACUUACAAUAUAGCUGAGACGCUUAAUUUCUUCAAAAUCUGCCAUGAGUAUUCAGUGACCGACGACAACCUUAUUCAAACCCCGUUUGCAAUGCUGGAUAUGCCUAAUGAUCAGAUACUUGCCAAUCUGGACACAAUUAUUAAGGACAUUUGUAAACGCAAACCUUUGAAAUAUGGUCCUUUUGUGACAAGUAUGAGCAUUCGAAGUUCAACUAGUGAAGCCUUAGAUGUAAAAGUUGAACAAUUUCUCCCUAAAGAAGCACUGGGAGAAAAGUUGGAAGAAGCUGAAAGCAUCAGUGAAGAAGAAAAGCAGGAAUCCAGAUAAUGAGAAGGUUGCAGAAAUGUCAUUCUCCUUGUAUAAAAAUUAUAAAGGGUUGUUCUUGUAGCUCUUCCAUGGAUUCCAUCAAGUUCUGGUCUUGAAAGAGAAGUAUGCACCAAUAUCAGAGACAACAAUUCAGUUGUCUCCAAAACUGAAGCUCCUUAGAGCUGUUAGAUCAGCAAUCCCCAAAAUUUUGGGCCUAUAUGUAUCAGAAUUUUUGGUAUUGCAGGCUCAGCACAUCUGGAGAGUCUGCCUGCACUAACAUUAAUGUUUCAGUGCAAACCAUUCUCAGUUUGUAAAAAAGGUGUAAUUGCACAAAGUAUUAUUAAAAAUUUAAAGUCUUGUA